AUGGAAUCGACUCAGCUGACAACCUGCCACAAAGAUUCCCCCGUUGAUACAUUCCAAUCAGAUUCGGCAUGCCCUUCGAGCCUGGAAGAUGACUCAGACAAGCCUGCUGAGGAUUUCUUGUCGAGGAUCUCGGUGGACAUUGGUCUCCGUGACGAAGAUAGGACUAUAUGGGAUCUUCCUUACAACCAUGUUCAUGAAUACCCCUGGCGGCUCCGGAUUGUCUACACACCUGAUGGCAAAACGACGUUUGACUCCUCCAGAUCGAUCCUCUGUCUGAUGGUGGAUUACAUCGAAAACAUCGAUAUCGACUUGAUCGUAGUUCCCAUCGACCCAAGGAAAGAACCCGAGUUCUCCGCUCACUAUCACGCUGUGAUAUUGGAUAAGAGGCCAAUUUUUACCCCGAUCCACGCACCUCAAGGAAUUAGCAUGCAGCGGUGCUCGUACGGCCUCCCCGACGAGCAAGAUAACACUGUGAUGUUAAUGCUCGACUUCGUUGUAGCGGUGCCGAUGAAUUUGAUCUCCCGUUCAGGAGGUCGCGUCUUCAGACUGUGUGCAACUAUAGACCUCCAAACUCGCCUGAAGGCGAAAUCCUUGUGCGAGAAGUUGGAGUUUACACUUGAAAACCUGCAAGCGCGCGAAUUGAUGCCGGGUUUGCGUGUUGUGCGGGUUGGAUAG